CACACCUUGUCUCCUGUUACCUUGAAACUACUCUCUUUUUAGCACUAUUAGCAGGAACUCAUACUGAAAUGUCCGACAAGAACAUGAACGAUAAAGCACCUGAGCUUGGCUUACCCUUGCACGAGUCUUCUACUGCAGAUCCGGAAGAGCAUCGAAGCCGUCAUCACACUUUGCGCACAGAGAUUGUGGCCUUUCUUGGAGAGUUGAUUGGAACAUUCAUGUUUCUUUCGCUUGCUUUCUCUGGCACGCAAAUUGCCCUCAAUGCCGCCAGUCCACAGCAACUGACAACGACUGCUAAUGCGGUGCCUGACGUCAGCAAACUGCUCUAUAUUGCUUUCGCUUUUGGUGUGUCACUCGCGAUCAAUGUUGCUAUCUUCGCAGAGCUCAGCGGUGGGAAGUUCAACCCUGCAGUCACCGCAGCCCUCUGGCUCACCAGAAAGAUCCACUGGCACCGUGCGGUCCAAACAAUCAUUGCGCAACUCAUCGCGGGAAUAGCAGCAGCAGGCUUCGUCUCCGGUCUGUUACCUGGACCUCUCAUUAUCGCUACCAAGCUAGAUCCGUCCAUCUCAAUCGCCCAGGGUCUCUUCUUGGAAGCCUUCGUCACCACCCAAUUGAUCCUGACCAUUCUCAUGCUGGACGCUGGGCCAUCUAAGCCAAUGUAUAUUGGGUUGUCGCUAUUCAUCGCACAGAUAUGCAGUGUAUUCUUUACCGGCGGAAGCUUGAACCCAGCGCGAAGUUUUGGUCCCGCGGUUGUCACACAAUUUACUCACUAUCACUGGAUCUACUGGAUCGGACCUCUGUUGGGGUCGGGUCUAGCGAGUGGCAUUUAUGCACUCAUCAACUGGGUUCGACGUGGCCAAGUGUAAGCGGCAAAGGUGUCACUACAAGGAAAGACUAGGGGACACAGCAU